GCGAGGUGAAGGAGCAAGGAGUGGGCGACGAGCCCCUGAUUGGCCCACCAGCCCGCAGAUCAUUUGCUGGCCGAAGGGGCGGGCCCAGAGGCACUGACGUCACGCAGGGAACACCUGGGGAGCAGCUGCCAGGCCGCGCAGAGCGCACCAGAGGGCCCUGUGUUAAGAUGCCAGGAAGUGCAGACCUUGGACCUCAGACCCCGCCUCCCGGACCCCGACCCGCCGCCGCAAUGUGCGACUCCGAGCGUGGCUGGAGCGUGUCCUUCGUGGGCUGCGGCUUCCUAAUCUUCUACCACCUCGGGGCGACCCGCUGCCUGAGCGAGCGCGCCCCGCACCUCCUCCGCGACGCGCGCAUGUUCUUCGGUGCCUCUUCUGGGGCGCUGCACGGCGUCACCUUCCUCGCAGGUGUCCCUCUUGACAUCACCCUGCAGGUCCUCAGAGACUUUGUCGAGUCCACCAGAAGCCGGGCCAUGGGCAUCUUCCAUCCGUCCUUCAACGUAGUCAGGUUCCUGCGAGAAUCCUUCCACAGACACCUCCCGGACAACGUCCACCAGCUCAUCUCAGGCAAAAUGUGCAUCUCGCUCACCAGAGUGUCCGACUGGGAAAACGUCCUGGUGUCCGAGUUUCAGUCCAAAGACGACGUUGUGGACGCCUUGAUCUGUUCCUCCUUCAUCCCUUUCUUCUUUGGCUUAAUCCCUCCGACCUUCAGAGGCGUGGUAAGUCUGCUUUUAAACUGUGUUCGCAGGGUGCUGGGCGCAGGCAUCCUAGGUCCCCAAAAGCAGAGCCCUGUGUCUCUCAGCUUUGAAUCAGAGAUUCCAUCGCUGCCCCCUCCAUUCCCACUCACCCCCAGCCCAACCACCUUCUCCAAGAAUCCGCUAUCUGGCUUUCUGCUAGACAGGCUGCUUCACUUAAUUUUUGUUGUUAAGCCUCAGCAGAAGUUCACUUACUUGCCUGGCUUACAGGUGCUUCUAGAGAUAUGCCUGCGAGGGUACUUGGAUGCGGUCAGGUUCCUGGAAGAAAAAGGCAUCUGUGACAGGCCCCGUCCGAGCCCGAGUGUGCCCUCGGCAGCGCCCGAGUUCCUUCCCUUCUCCUGGGAAACCGCGAGCCCCGAGGCUUCCCCGGGGGCGGCUGCCUGGCAGAGGAGGCCCGAGGUGGCCGAGCUGCUGGCCCACCUGCGUGUCAGCCUCCUGCCCUGGGACGAGAGCAUCCUGGAGACACUGUCGCCCAAGCUCAUUGCAGGCCUGAGUGAGGCACUUAGACCCCGAGGUGGCUGGUGGAGCAAGGUCUGCAGGUUCCUACCGGUGAAGGCCAUGUCUUACGUGAUGCUGCCCUGUACGCUGCCCGUGGAGUCCGCGCUCGCGGUGGCCCAGAGGUGAGCCGUGUGGGCGGCUUUGUGUCUCGGGCUUGAGUGAGGGUUAAGGGAGAGUUCACGUAAGGCCCCACGCCUGGGCCUGGCCCCUGUGCGGUGCAGUAGGGGUGACAGUCCAUAGGGUCUGUCCCUGAGAGGUGCCUCGUGCUGAGGCCUGGCCCAACCUACCUCCUUUCUUUUUAUUCAUUUUUUAUUGGUUGAUUUUAGAGAGUGGAAGGGGAAGACAGAGA